GGCAAGUGUGCCUUAUCCGAGAAGAAUUUUGGAACUUUGGAUUGUUGAGGGACAUGGACUCUCAUAUAGGAAACGCCUGCAUGGAGCUUAUUUGUGAAAUGGCUCGGCAAAUUGGCAAGGACAUAUACAUUGAGGACUUGUAUGUUGUCACUGUAUGUACAACAUUGUUACUGGAUUACCGGAAGAUUCAGACUUGAAAGACCUGGUAGUCUUUCCAGCAUGGACACAUGCUAAUGGACCAGACCACUUCGUUGUCUGUGCAAAUUGCUUACCAAGUUGAUCAUAGGACAUGGACUGAAAAGACUGGAUAUGAUUUUCCAGCUUUGCCACGUCAGACAAGAGGGAAUGAUUGUGGUGUUUUUGUACUCAUGUACAACCUCUCAAUGGUGUGUGGCAUUGGGUUUCAGUUCCAGGAGUUGGAUAUGCCUAUCAUCCGCCGAUGGUGGUGUCUUCUACUCAUGGAACGAUUUCAAAUUAAUGGCUAUCUAUGGGCGCAGAUUUGCUUUCUGGACUGAAGAGGCAAGAAGUGUAUUGGAGGGAAAGACUCUGCCCCUUUUUAGGGUGGAAAGAAGAACCACAUCCAAUCUUCCGACACAUGUCCAAGCAGUUCAAGAAAGGGACAGGAAUGAAAAAAAAUUAGUGGACUUAAUUCUCACAUCAAAAUCAGCAGAGCAGCAUUUGGUGGAUAUACUCAGUGGGAAAAGGUCAAAGUGGUUUCCACCCCGUUUUCAAGUGCCUGUCUACAUUGAGAAUGAGCAGUCCCUGACAAUCCUUUGUAACUACAUGAAAGGAGUUCUUAAUAAAACCCAAAUGCAGCUGACCUACAAUGAUGAGGUGGAGUUCAUUUGUGGAUGUCUCCUCCCAGAGGCCAUUCAUGGCCUUUGUGAGCUGCAGGGCUUGUCUUGGCAGGAGGCUGAAGAGGUGUUCCUCCAGGGCCCUAUUUAUCAGUCAAGUGAAGUUGAGGAAUUUGACACAAGAAUUGCUCGAGAACUGAAAAAUCUCCCCAACAAGAAUACUCUGAUACCAGUGAUACGACCCUCACUGGCAGUGGAAAAUUCAGUCCCACUGCAGUCCCCAACAGCAGAAAAUGAAUGGCAGAGCUAAAGUUGCCUAAAUUUAGAAGGUAAGCUGUGUUUGGUCACAUUGUGGCUAUCUGUUUAUCUUGGACCUUGACUUCUGACUGUUUAUUGUAAUUAUG